AUGUCACCCAACCAUCCCCUCCUCCUCACAACCCUCCUCCUUCUCCUCUCCACAGCCGCCGCCGCAAAGUCCCCACCGCCGACGCCGCUGGUCCAGCGCAUCUGCAAGACAACCACCGAUUACCCCUUGUGCGUGGAGGCGCUGUACGCCGACGACCGGACCCCAGAAGCCGACCGCUACGUGAUGGCGUUCAUCUCCGUGGGCCUGGCCUACACCAACGCCACAGGGACCCGGUCCUACAUCUCGGGCCUCGCCAAGGACCACACGGGCCGGGUCGACCGGAUGCGGCUGGACCGGUGCGGAUCCGACUACGACGCCGCCAUCUCCCGCCUCGAGAUCGCCUACAACGACUUGAACUCCGAGACGUACUUCGGCCUCGCCAACCUGUCCGGGGAGGCGGCGCGGAACGCCACCGACUGCCAGGCUGUCUUCUCCAAGUCCACGUGGCGGCCCUUGGGGAACCGGAACCGGGUCUUGCUAGUUUUGUGCCAGGUUAUUGCUUACAUUGGCAAGUCCUUCACCGGCGGGGGAGAUUAG